AUGCUGGGAGAUGCCCUUCGGGUCCUCCGCCACCUCAAGCCCUCGCUCCGCAGGACCGGCAUCUGCAAUGGCGUCCUCCGGCUCCUCUUCGCCGCCGGCGACCCCGAUUCCGAUUCCGACCGCCGGAGAGAAGCGAUUAAACUGGCGAGUAGCAUGAUCCGCAACACAAACCCCAGAUGUGGCCCCGACUCUGCUACGGCUUCCAUCGUCUACUCGGCCCUGCUGACCAGGAACAGGGCCAUUGACGACGAGAGCUUUGCCCAGGCCUUGGAGAUGGCCGAGCAAGGGCUUUUCCCAGCGGACGAUGCGCAGUUCAACCAGAUUGUCAACAAGCUCUGUCGGAGCCGGCGCACUGACACGGCGUGGGAAUUCCUCCAUGCCGUCAAGAGAGCAGGCGGCGCGGUGGGGCCGCCGCCCUACAACUCUCUCCUGAGCGGCCUAGCCAGAGAGGAGGACUUCCGUAGGAUGGACAUACUCUUCGCGGAGAUGGAGGAAAUGGGCGCCCAUCGGAACCCUAUCACGUUCGGCAUCCUCAUCAACAACCUCUGCAAGUCGCGCCGGAUCGACGAUGCCCUGAAGCUGCUCGACGAUAUGAUACGAGGGUCUUCCCAACCCGAUGCGGUUAUGCCGGACGCCGUCAUCUUCAACACUGUCAUCGAUGGGCUCUGCAAGGCCGGGAGAUUGGAGGAGAGCGCCGCUCUGAUGAACAGGAUGAAGAAAGAAGUCGCCUGCUCGCCGAACACAGUCACUUACAACAGCCUCGUCGACGGAUUCUGCAAAGCAGGCGAGAUCGAACGGGCCCUCGACCUGCUGGAACGGAUGAACAACGAAGGCGUGCCGCCGAGCAUUGUAACUCUGAACACCCUCAUCGACGGCAUGUGUAGGCAGGGAAGAAUCAGCAGCGCCCUCGAUUUCUUCCGCAAGCUGCAGCUCGAUGAAAACGUAGAGGUUAAAGGAAAUGCUGUGACAUACAGUAUCCUUAUUGGGGCUUUCCUCCAUUCGGGUAACCUCAACAAGGCCGAAGAACUGUACGAGGAGAUGCUGCGCAGUGGGCUUAGGCCAGACGCCACGACGUACUUCACCAUGAUCUCUGGGUUGACGCAGGCGGGGAAACCAGACGAGGCGAGCUCCGUCGCGUCAACAAUGGAGGAAGACGGGUUCUCCCCGGACACCAAGAGUUACAACAUUCUGAUCGCCGGUUUCUGCAGGAGAAAGCGGCUAGACAAGGCCCGAAACCUGAUCGAUGAAAUGGCAAGCAAAGGACUCAAACCUGACGAAGUGACAUUCAACACGCUGAUUGCCGCCCUCAGCAAGGCCGCGGACUUCGCUUCAGCUCAGCUGCUGAUGAACAAGAUGACGGAGAACGGCCACAAACCCUCUGUGGUCACCUACGGCGCACUCAUCCAUGGCUACUGCAGAGCCGGUGAUAAGGCCGCCGCAGCGGAUGUUCUUAAGGCCAUGGAUGCUGCAGGGGUUGCUCCCAAUGCCGUCAUCUUCAACAUUCUGAUCGAUUUCCUCACCAGGAGGAAGGAACAAGAGGCCGCCCUGUCGCUAAUGGAGGAGAUGCAGAGCAGGGGUCUGCUGCCGACCACUGCGACGUACAAUGCGCUCUUCCGGAGCCUCAAGGAGAGCAACAUGCUGGCGGAAGCUCUGACAUUGAUGGGUAGGAUGAAGGAACAGAGCCUCAGCCCUGACUAUGUGACGAUGGAGAUACUCAGUGGGUGGCUCCCGGCCGUCGGGGAGGCGACCAAGCUGAAGAACUUCUUCCGACGGACCGACUCUCCGGCAUGA